ACUUAUACAUAUAAAAUAUAUGAUCAAUUUACGAAUGCGUAACAAUAUAAAUAUUUUUUAAAUUAAUAGAUUUAAUAUGUGUCUUUGUCUUGGUCCUAUUAAAUCGGGAAAAACAUUUUUAAUGAAACGUUUACAAGGAGAUGAAAUAGACUAUGCAACUCAUACCGUUUCUACAAAUGGUAUAAAUCUUUUUACCAUAAAAAAUGACACUGGCGAAUUUGAUAUGCUUAUUAAAGAAAUAGGUGGAAAUAUGGCACCAAUAUGGAAACAUUACUUUGACAAGACACAAAAACUUAUUUAUGUAAUAGAUACAAGCAAUCUCUGUCAAAUAAGUGCGGCAGGAGUAUUACUUUAUUCAUUGUUAGUUGAUCCUAGAUUGCGAAAUAUAAAAAUCGCAUUAACAUUGAAUAAAAUGGAUCUUUCUUAUCGUCAAAUGCGCAAUGAAGCCCUACUUAUGCUACAAUAUUCACGUUUGCAAAAAGAAGUUACUCAAGAAUUAUCUGUAUUUGAAACUAGUGGAAUGACUGAUCAAGGUAUUGAAGAAUUAAGAAACUGGUUAUUUGAUCCGAUUUCUUUAAAAUUUUCAAUAAAUUCAAAAAAGUAAAAAUUAAUAUAUAGUACAAAAUAAUUUUAUCAGAAAGUGGAUAUUUUUUUUUUAUUUACACUCAAUGUUACAAAUAAUAUAAGGAUUCUACGAAUAACUUUUCAAUAACAUUUGUCAGGUUUUUCUAAAAAAUCUAAAAAUUUCUUCAAAAGUGAAAUUA